AUGAGCAUUAAGUGCAUAUUUUACUCCUACUUCGAUGCCGAUAAAGGUAUUCACCGCACUGUUCAAUCUAAUACUUUCAAAGUCAUAUCUAACAUAACAUCCAUCCAAGGCCCCCGCGUUCUCUAUCAAGUCCCGGAGAACUCCGUUACUCCCUCUUCAGAUAACCCUUCCCAGCCACCGACUCUCUUCUCUUUCGAUGAAAUAUCAGACUACAUAAUCCCUAAACAACAACUAUGUGACCGGCUGAUAACAUUUUGCCGAAAUCGCUAUCGCCUUCUCGGGUACCCAAUCUGUCUUGAGGACGACAAAUACGAUCGAAAUGAAUUUAUUUUCAAUUUCGUUAUUGUCUUGGAUGAGUCUGAGGAAUUUAGUUCUUAUAAGCCUGUUGUUAAGAAGUUAGCUAGGCUGUUUAGAGCACUUGAAGAACAAAUGGGAUUCUUGUGGAAUGAGGUGACCAGAAGCUCGGUAUACACUCUAAUCGAGCAGGUCAUGGAGGAUUUAAACAGUUACUUAGAGUGCAUGAUCCCAAUAAAUGAGAGUAAUACGAUUAACCUCAAACUCUUCCCUGCAAUCCCGCCACCUCCACCUGUCAAGGCAUACCAUGUUCCAAUAUCGACUGUCCGCUUCGAAUCGAUAAUGGAUAGCAACUGGGAUCUAACCAUGCAGCGCAUCAUACCUUUCAUUGACGGUGUAAACUCCGUACGCCGCAUCUCCGAGCUUGCGGAUGCUGACUAUACACUUACGAAGAAGUGUAUUUCAGAACUACUCUACUACGGCUGCAUCAUUAUAGUCGAUGUAUUCCGCUUUGCAAAUAUAUAUGCUGUCAAUAGCGAGUUAUACAACUUUGUAAACGAUGGGGCGACUGCUACUACUUCCAGUGGAGGGCUACAGGAGGAAUGUCAAGCCUACAUCAGUAACACCGGACGGCUUCUCGAUUUCCCGGCAAUUUUAGAUUUAUACACGAGUCUAAGACAGGGAUUGACUGUGGGAGAAUGGAGCUUGGAGAAUGCUGAGAGGUUGAAGGAUGUGGAUGUGAGAAGGUUUAUACAAUUUGGAAUCAUCAAGGGAUUCUUGUACCGGGUACACAAAUAUCCCGUGAGGAUCGAUGAUGGCACAGGCGCUGUCGCGACAGUUGGUCCUGCAACAGCGGCUGUCGGAAGUUCGGUUGAUCUACACGCUUUAGCCCUAGGACACGGCCCGGAAACUCCGGGUGUAGCGGGAAGCGUGGUCGCAGGAAAAAUGGGGAAAUCGAUGACUACGGGAAGUGGACUUCUAAUGGCAGACAGGAGUCUACCACUAUUACGAUAUUUGGAUGGAGCACAUCACUUUGAUUCAAUAUGUACGGACCUACAGCAGAGUGAAAAAGAUGUACUCAAGAAUCUGGCUGCAUACCCGAUUGAGCUUAUCGAUCGGUAA